AUGAUAAAGAAAGAAAUAUUGCGCGAUAGUCUUGACUUCGACGGAUCAGCGAAUAAAUCAUCAUUAGCUAUCGAUCGUACUAAUGAAAAUCGAAAUGAAAUACCACUAAGUAGUUUACGACCACGACAAGCACUAUCAUCGUACACACCACUAUUAUCAUCUACCAACAUCUCGCUUAGUCAACCAGUAUCUCAUCGCAUCUUGCCGGCUCGUAAUCAUCUUGUCAUAUUACUAACUCCACAACAACCAAUUCCUAAUAAUCAUCAUCCCGCAGGUAUUAAUGUCAGGUACACAAAACGAAAUUAUUUAUCAGGUCGUUCUUUUUGUUUUGCUUCAGCAGUUCAACAAAUAAUUCCACCAAUUACUUCUCGCCCUACCGCUUGUCCAAACGUUGAAAUGAACUUUUUCGAAAAAGUUCAUUUUUCAUCCAAAAAAUCUGGUUUUGAACUUUUCAGAAAACGGAUUUAAUGUUAUAACCAAAAACAUUUUUUAAAACAAAUUCCUAAAAAAAUACUUUUGUAGAGAAUUGAAUUCUCUACAAAAUGACGAACAUAGUUGUACAGUUUCCGACCUACUGUCCAGUUUUUGAGCUCUUAUUUUCAUACAGAAACUUGAUUUUGCGCAGAUCAAUCAAAUAUACAACGCAGAAAGUUGUGAAAACUAAAACUUCACCAUCGUGUUAAGUGCCUCAAAUAUGCUUGACAAAAAAGUGCGUAACACCGUGACGUUUUUAUUUUGCAUCUUUGUCCCUAGCUAAAAGCGCUAGAAGAAAUCAUUUUACCAUCGGAUAGCCGGUCAAUUACUCUAGAAGUUUCCUUUUCACAUAAUUAAUUUCACAGGAAAUUACAGAAUAUCCAAGGGAACUCGAAAAAAAGAUUCUUUUUUCGUAACGCCAGCAUGCGCCAUUAAAGUCCUUCUCAAAGCCCAAUGCAACAUCCAAAGAACUUCGUUUUCACAGCAUAAGUCGAGCAUGAUAAACUGCGUCGAUUGACGUUAGAACGAACUUUCUAGCUACUUCAGUUUCUGAGAUAACCGAAGUUUAAUGCGCCAAAAACGCAACGUUUGGACAAGCGGUAGGGCGAGAAGUAAUUGGUGGAAUUAUUUGUUGAACUGCUGAAGGAAAACAAAAAGAACGACCUGAUAAAUAAUUUCGUUUUGUGUACCUGACAUUAAUACCUGCGGGAUGAUGAUUAUUAGGAAUUGGUCGUUGUGGAGUUAGUAAUAUGACAAGAUGAUCACGAAACUCC